AUGAUUGAUAUCGAUAAUUCAAAUUUAUUUUUUAAAAUUUUUAGAAAUAAAUUUUUAAGAAAUCAAAUUUUUAAACAUUUAAGAAAAUUUAAUAUUUGUCCAAGACUAGUAAAAUAUAAUAGUAUUAAACGAUUUAAAGAGUGUAAAUUUAAAGGUUAUUUAUCAAAUGUUUAUUACAAUUUCAAAGGAUUUGAAUAUUUACCAAAUUCAGUUAAAUUUUUAAAAUUGGGUGAUAAUUUUUGGACAUCAAAUUUAUUUAUUUUGGAAUUAAAUAAAUUGAAAAAUUUUUUACCACAAUCAUUAACACAUUUGGAACUUUCAAAUUCAUUUUCAAGAUAUUCAAAAUUGAAUGGACGUUCAUUCAUACCAGAAUCAGUUACAAAAUUAAAUAUUGGUGAUGGUUUCAAUAGAAUUAUAAGAUCUGAUGAUAUACCAUUAACUUUAAAAUCAUUAAAAAUUGGUAAAACAUUUAAAAAUUCAUUAAAUUUAAUUGAUUGUAAAAAUUUAGAAAAUUUAGAAUUUGUCGAAGAAUCACAUUUUAAUAAUAUUUUUAAUAAUGAUUCGAAUAAUUUACCACAAAAUUUAAAAUAUUUAAAAUUUGGUAAUUUAUAUACAAUGGAAAUAAAAAAUGUUGAAUUAAAUUUACCAAAAACAUUAACAUAUUUAUCAUUUGGAAGUGGAUUUAAUUCACCAAUUAAUUUACAAUCAUUAAUAAAUUUAAAAAGUUUAACAUUUGAAUCAAAUUAUAAAUGUAAAUUUAGUGUUGGAUCAUUACCAUCAAGUUUAACAUACCUUUCAAUUAAUGGAUAUGAAAAAGAUUUUGAAAUUGGUGUAUUACCAUCAAAUUUACAAACUUUAAUUAUUAAAAGUUAUACUAUAACAACUAAACAAAAAUUUGAAAUUGGUGUAUUACCAUCAUCAAUUACAAAUUUCACUUUUAAUAAUCACUAUAAUACAUUACAUCCAUUCCAAAGUGGCGUAUUACCAUCAUCAUUGACAAGUUUAGAUUUAUCUUAUUAUGAACAUCCAAUUGAUAAUUUAAUUCUACCAUCAUCUUUAACAUAUUUAGAAUUACCAAAUAAAGAAGAAAGUAAUAAAAGUUGCAUUUUGUUAAAACUAUUUUCAAAUUUAAUAAAUUUAAAAAGUUUAGUUUGGAAUUGUAAAGAUAAAAUACCUCCAAAUAUAUUACCCAAAUCAUUGUCACAAUUUAAAAUUAUAAAUAUUAAAUAUUAUCAUAAAUUUGAAUUGGAUACUUUCCCAAGUUCACUUUUAUCUCUUUUAAUUAAUUCACAUAAUUGCCAUGGUUUUGAAGAUGGCAUUUUACCACAAUCAUUAAAAAAACUUGAAUUAGUUAGUCACCUAUUUAAAACUCAAUUUCAAUUAAAUUCAAUUCCCAAAAAUUUAGAAAUAUUAUCACUUUCAUAUACAUCAUACCAUUAUGGAUUUAAGAAAAAUGAACUCCCUACAACUUUAAAACAUCUGUCUUUGCCUGAAUAUUAUUCACAUUUUAUUGAUUGUGAUUUACCAAAUUUGGAAUCAUUAUAUAUUGGAAAGCGUUCAGUUGAUACUAAAUUAAGAAAUAUAGCUUCAGAAAUUGAAGAUAUUAGUUUUAUAAAUUUAUUUGAAUAA